AUGUCUUCUGAUCCAAUCACGUCCGCUUUCUCCCCUUCGGGUGCAGAAGUUAUCGCCAGGUCCCUAGAAGUCGACAUCGAUCACACCGCCGACCAGCUCUCCGCGGACGAGUUCAGCACGUUCUACGAGAUUGAGAGGACGGCCCAGGCGAUUUUGAAUGGAGGAUUCAGCCAGAUUGCUCUCCAGUUCCCUGAUGAGCUUCUCCACGACUCCGUACCCAUCUUUCGUCUCCUGAAGCAGAGAGUUGGUCCAGGCCGCGAUCUAUACGUCUUGGCUGACACCUCAUACGGGAGCUGCUGCGUGGACGAAGUGGCCGCCCAGCAUGUCGAUGCAGACCUCAUGGUACAUUACGGGCACGCGUGCAUGAGUCAGACGUACCGCUUGCCUGUAAUAUACGUUUUCGGGAAGAAGCUGAUCGACGUCGACCAAUGCGUGAACAAGUUCGCAGCCCUCGUGCGGGCAUUGCCGCCGCCGGAGGAAUCAGAAGGCAAGAACAGGGUGGCGCUUAGAUAUGAUGUUGCGUAUCACCAUCGCGCAGGGGAGAUAUUGGACAAGCUACGAGAAAGCACCCAGGACCUCCCCGUCGAGAUCACCUGCCACCUACUCCCCACGCGUCUCGACCCGCCCGUCGCCAAUCCAGCGCCGCCAACAGACGCAGCAGACUCUUCUCCUGAAAACUCCACCGAGGCGCCACCCUCAACAAUCCUCUACAUCGGUCCCGAGUCCCUAGGGCUCACAAACCUCCUCAUGACACACUCCUCCUCCCAGGUCUACUCCUACGACCCCUCCUCCUCUGCCUCCUCCACGCGCCUCGAAUCCCCAAAAUCGAACCGCCUACUCAUGCGCCGCUUCGCAGCCGUCCAAAAAGCGCGCGACGCAGACGUGUUCGGCAUCCUCGUCGGGACGCUCGGCGUCGCGUCGUACCUCCCGCUCAUCGCGCACCUCCGCGCGCAGCUCGCGCGCGCGCGCAAGAAGAGCUACACGAUCUCGGUCGGGAAGCUGAAUCCGGCGAAGCUCGCGAAUUUUAUGGAGGUGGAGUGUUUUGUGCUUGUGGCGUGUCCGGAGAAUAGUGUGGUGGAGUCGAAGGAGUUCUUCAAGCCGAUUGUGACACCGUUUGAGCUUGAGGUUGCGCUUAUGCCGGAGGGAACGUGGACGGGGAGAUACGUCCUCGAUUUUGAGCAGCUCCUCGCGGAGAGCAAGGCCUUAGGAACUGACGAGGAACGCGACGUGAACGGCGACGAAGAUGAAGAGGACAGAGACCGCCCCUCGUUCUCCCUCGUCACUGGCAAAUACAGAAGCGCACGGCAGUUCCGAGGAAUCAGCGCAAGCAACAUGGACCCGAGCGCCAUCGUCCUGCGGAACCAAAACGGGACGGUCGCAACGCUUGCGGACAGCGCAGCGGCACUGUAUUUGCAGUCGAGGACGUACCAGGGUCUGGAGGCGCGUGUGGGCGAGGACGCGCCGAGUGUGCUGGAGCAGGGGCGUAGCGGGAUUGCAAGGGGGUAUGGGGACGAUCGGAGGUUGGGUUCGAAGGAUGUGGAGGUGGGCAAGUGA